AUGGACGGAGAAGCAAGUUUUUCUUCAAUGGCACCAACAACUUGUAAUGUAGAAAGUUAUCAGAUCUGGGCAAUCCGAAUGCAGCCAUAUCUAGAAGCUUUGGAUCUGUGGGAAGCUGUAGAAGAUCAUUACGAGAUUGUUCCCUUACCAAACAAUCCCACAAUCGCGCAGAUUAAAAAUCACAAGGAAAGGAAAACCAUGAAAUCAAAGGCAAACGCAUGCUUGUUUACAACAGUUUCAUCCACCGUCUUUACUCGCAUUAUGCCCCUGAAGUCAGCAAAAGAGGUAUGGUAUUAUCUCAAGGCUGAGUAUGAAGGAGAUGAAAGAAUUCGAGGGAUGCAACUGCUAAAUUUAUUGCGUGAGUUUGAGCUGCAAAGGAUGAAAGAAAGUGAAACCAUAAAUGAGUAUUCAGACCGACGUCUUAAUAUAGUAAAUCGAGUCAGAUUAUUGGAUUCCACUUUUAACGAUUCAAGGAUUGUCGAGAAAAUCCUUGUAACAGUACCUAAAAAAUUUGAGGCUACUGUUACAACCUUAGAAAAUACUAAGGACUUGUCCAAAAUUACACUAGCGGAGCUCUUAAGUGCUUUUCAAGCACAAGAGCAACGACGUGUAAUGAGACAGGAAGGAGUUGUUGAAGGAGCCCUAUUAGUUAAACAUUAA